CCCGCCCCGCCACUGGCGCCUCUAGAUCCCUCUCCCCCCUCUUCGCCGGCCCUGGGUCCCCCAGCUGCCCCAGCCCCCCGGUCUCCCCACACCUUGGGGAUCCAGCUCUUUCCCCCUGGGGGAGUCACCAAAUGGAAAUCAGAGGCAGCACUGAAUGGCAGGCAGCCGGAGACCCCCAGAACCAGCCCCCCCAGGAGCCCCGCUGCCCUGCAAGGGGGUCCCCUGGGAGCCAGCCCGGAGCCCCACCUCACCUUUCCGCGCUCAUUCAAAGUGCCUCCCCCCACCCCGGUCCGCACGUCCUCCAUCCCCAUGCCCGAGGCACCGGGAGCUUGCCCAGAGGAAGUGGGGUCCCCCAGGAAGCCCCCCAGCCGCCUCCCCCUGCCUCCCAGCUUCCAUGUCCGCCCUGCCUCUCAGGUGUACCCCGACAGUGUCCCCGAGCCCGACCUCCCCAGGGAGCCCAGGCCUGAGGAGCCAGAGCGCCCAGGCCUCAGGCUGUCCCCCACCAGCCAGGCCCAUGAACCAGCUGUGCCUCCCCCCCCAGCCCCGCCCCUGCCCCCUCCUGCACCCCCGGCCCCUCCCCCCGCACCCCCUCUCCCUCCCGGGGCAGAGCUGGCAGCCCCUCCAUCUGUUGGAUUGGUGAAAAGCUCCACAGCCAGCGCCCCCACGCUCAAAGCCAUCCCCAAACCCAAGCCCCCCAGCCCGGAUGACAAGGCCUCGCCUGAGCCCGUGGACUGGCGCCACCCAGGCCAGAUGGAGAAGCUGCGAAGCGAGCUGGCAGCCUACCUCUGCGGCCCCCGGAGAGAGGACAGGGCCCUGGGCCCCAGGCCAGGCCCCGCGGGGCCCUCGCGGGAUGCGGACAGCAAGAAGGACCACAGGCCGCCAGAGAAGCCAGCAGGCCCGGGCCUGCCCAAGAAGAUGCCCACAGGGGCGCCUGGGCAGGGCCCCAGCCUGGCAGAGCACGAGGCCACCGGCAGCCUGGUCCUUCCCCCUGUGGACUACACGCCCCAGGACACACCAGCCCCCAGCGUGCGACAGAUCAGGGAGGAGCUGGAGGCCCGGCUGUCCUCCUCAUCCAACAAAGACGUCAGACCCAGUGGAGGGGCUCUGCCGCCCAAACCUCCGCCAGACAGGGGAAGAACCUUUGAAAAUGGGACCGUGCCCACAGCCAGGAAUUCACCACCUCUGUCUACUACGCCUCUGCCCAGCACCACGACACCCGAGACCACACCUGGGCCUUCCACACCACCCAAGGCCACACCUGGGCUGGCCACGCUACCCAAGACCACAGCUGGGCCGGCCACAUCACCCAAGACCACACCUGGGCUGGCCACACUACCCAAGACCACAGCUGGGCCUUCCACAGCACCCAAGACCACAGCUGCGCCUUCCAUACCACCCAAGGCCAUACCUGGGCUGGCCACGCUACCCAAGACCACAGCUGGGCCGGCCACAUCACCCAAGACCACACCUGGGCCUUCCACACCACCCAAGGCCACACCUGGGCCUGCCACACCACCCAAGGCCACACCUGGGCCUUCCACACAACCCAAGACCACAGCUGCACCUUCCACACCACCCAAGACCACACCUGGGCCUUCCACACCACCCAAGACCACAGCUGGGCCUUCCACACCACCCAAGGCCACAGCUGGGCCUACGGCAUCAUCCACAGCUACCCCUCUGCCCAUCACAUCAUCGCCGAGAGAGAAGGAUUUCAUCGCAGGCGGGCAGGGGGAGAAGCCCAAGUACGUAAAAGGUGUCUGGGAAGAGCGUGGGCCGGAGGCCGGGAGGCUCCCCGCCCAGAGAGCAGGCUGGGCUCCAGCCCUCCCAUCAAAGCUGUCCCCCGGCCGAGAAGACGCCCCCUUUCUCUACAAGCCCCACCGUGGCCACAACAACCAGAGCAGAGAGGUGGCCGUGGUGAGCCCCACGCUGGCUGGAGGAGAGGCGGCCGGGGAGGGGCGCGCCGAGGGGAGGGAAGCCCAACCCCCGGGCCCAGACCAGCUCCUCAGACACCCGGUGACCGGCGAGCUGGUGGAGCGCGGCUCCCCGAUGGCGCUGCUCCUGGCGGCCAGGCAGAGGGCGCAGAAGGGGCGGCCUGGGGGGACCCCGGGACGGUCCUCCUUGCCGGGGAGCCUCCGGGGCCACGGCCACGGCAGCCAGCCCGAGGCCGCCGGCUCCGACAGCAUCUUCUACAACGCUGGGCGCCCCAACUCCUUCACGGUGGUCCCCAAGUCACCCCACGAGGCCGAGGACUCCAAGCUGACGGCGGCGGCGGGGGCACCCAGACAGUGGGUGUCCCGGCCUCACCCGGAGGCCACCGAGCCGAGCCUCCGGCCCCGGUGGACCAAUGGGGAGCCCCCCACUCCCUGGGCCAGACCGGUCCCCGCCGCUGGCCUCCCCAAGUCCUUCUCGUCCCCCCCUUCCCCCGCCUACAAGAGGGAGGAGCAGGAGGAGCUCGGCUUCGAGCUCAUCCCUCCGCCCCCCGAGUUCAGCAACGACCCCGAGCCCCCCGCCCCAGCCCCCCAGCAUCUGGGCCGCCGGCGAUCGCCCCCCAGGAACAACGUCUCGGAGCUGGGGCGGCCCCUGGACCUGGCCCCGCCGGCGCCCGGCUUCUCCCGCUUUCCCUGCCCGCGCUACCCUGGGGCCGGGGGCCUGGAGCGCUUCUCGGGCGCCGGCCGUUCCCUCAUCAAGAAGCGCCUGUACGUCGGGGAGCCCCACCGUCACCCCGGGACGCCCCGCGGCGCCACGGGGCGCAGCCUCAGCUCCCCCAACUGCUUCGGGCCUCCGCCCGGAGUCCCCGAGAUGCGGCGCGUCAACUCC